AUGCCAGGAGGCAUCGUGCAUGGAAAAGGCAGCAGUGCAAACGGAGCGACCCACCAUCACAACUUGAGCGUGGCCGUUGGAUUGCCCAGUGACGGCAUCCUGUUGAUCAUAGCUCUCUGUCUCCACUCGGUCUUUUUAGGCAUCGCCAUUGGAGUCGCAGAAACGAAGCCAGAUGCAUGGAAAACCCUGCGGACCAUUUUCCCGCAUAACAUAUUUGCUGCAGUUGCAAUGGGCAUCGUCCUCCUGAGGAUGAUGCCCAACAGGCCUCUCUCGUCCUGUGAUGCAUAUGCAUUUGCUUAUGCAAUCUCAAGCUCCAUCGGCAUGGCCAUAGGGAUCGUAAUAGAUCCAACCACGCAGGGUGUGGUUGCAGGUUGGAGCUCUGCCAUCUUUUCGGGUUUCUGCGGCAUGUUCAUCUAUGUUUCUGUGAUUUCCUACCGGUACGUGCAGAACGUGGACUCUGUGGAUGCGUUCUUGGCCACGAUAGUUGGGUUCGGAAUAAUUGUAGGCUUGAUGAUCUGGGAUGCCUUCGGAUACUCUGCCGCUGUGUACUUAUUAUGGGGAAAAGAGAAACGAACACCAUAA